UCCAAAUUCAAAUCCGUUUCUAAAGAUUGCAAAUGUUUGACCAUGAAAAUUCAAAAAAGUUGCUGACAUGCUGUAAAUGUGUCAGCUAACUUGAUCUUUCUCUACAAACUUCUUUACUUUGUCCCUCUUCCUUCCAUUCAAACCAUAUCUAUCUACCUAAGAAACAGAGGCUGCUUUUGUUUCUGCUUUUACUUUGCUGCUAGCAAUGAAGAAGCACCAAAAGCCUCCUUUUUUGUUGAUUUUGCUUUCUUUGAUCCUAUACUGUCAAUCUGUAUCAGCUAUUGAUUUUGUCUUCAAUGGCUUCAAUUCCUCAAGUUUGCUUCUUUACGGCAAUGCCGCCAUUGAAUCUCGUAUUCUUUCUCUUACUAACAGCACAACUUUCGCAAUUGGUCGUGCUUUAUACCCAUCAAAAGUACCCACAAAAGCUCCCAAUUCUUCUCAUGUAUACCCAUUUUCAACUUCUUUUAUUUUUGCUAUGGCUCCUUACGAGAAUAUCCUUCCAGGACAUGGUCUGGUUUUCAUUUUUGUCCCACGUACAGGCAUAGAUGGUACAACAGCAUCACAAAAUUUAGGGCUUUUUAAUCGAACAAAUGAUGGGCAAUCUAGCAACCAUGUAUUGGGGAUCGAGUUCGAUGUAUUUUCUAAUCAAGAAUUCAAUGAUAUAAACGAUAACCAUGUGGGUAUAGAUGUAAAUUCCCUUACAUCAAAAUUUGCAGAAGAUGCAGGGUAUUGGCCUGACGAUGAAAUUAGCAGCAGCGGCGGCGGCAACGAUAGCAAGUCAUUCAAGAAAUUGAAGCUAAAUAAUGGUAAAAAUUACCAAGUUUGGAUUGAUUAUGCAGAUUCUUUGAUUAAUGUUACGAUGGCUCCUUUAGGCACUAAAAGGCCUAAAAAGCCUUUGUUAAAUGCUUCUCUUGAUCUUUCUGAAGUUUUUGAGGAAGAGAUGUAUAUUGGGUUUACAGCUUCCACUGGAAGACUUGUUCAGAGUCACAAGAUUUUGGCUUGGAGCUUUAGUAAUUCAAAUUUUUCAUUAAGUGAAAGGUUAAUCACAGUUGGGUUGCCAUCUUUUGUUCUUCCAAAGGGUUCAUUUUUCAGGUCAAAAGGGUUCAUUGCAGGGGCCACAGCUGGAGGUUUUGUUGUUAUUGUGUCCAUUGCCUUGAUUACUUUGUUAUUUAUUAGGAGGCAACGAAGAAAGGCAAGGGCGAGAGCAGACAUGGAGGAGUGGGAGUUGGAAUAUUGGCCACAUAGAAUUACAUAUCAGGAAAUUGAGGCAGCAACUAAUGGAUUUAGUGAAGAAAAUGUUAUUGGAAUUGGAGGAAAUGGCAAAGUCUUUAAGGGUGUAUUAACAGGAGGUGCUGAGGUGGCAGUGAAGCGAAUUUCACAUGGAAAUGAUGGGAUGAGAGAAUUUUUGGCUGAAAUUUCUAGUAUUGGAAGACUGAAGCAUAGGAACUUGGUUGGAUUGAGAGGUUGGUGCAAAAGAGAAAAAGGAAGCUUCAUGUUAGUAUAUGAUUAUAUGGAAAAUGGAAGUUUAGAUAAGAGGAUAUUUGAUUGUGAUGAGACUAAAAUGUUAAGUUGUGAAGAAAGAAUUAGAAUUUUGAAAGACGUUGCUUCAGGAGUAUUGUAUUUGCAUGAAGGAUGGGAGGUUAAAGUCCUACAUAGAGACAUUAAGGCUAGCAAUGUGUUACUUGACAAGGAGAUGAAUGGAAGGUUAGGUGAUUUUGGGUUAGCCAGGAUGCAUAACCAUGGUCAAGUGGCUAGCACCACAAGGGUUGUUGGAACGGUGGGGUAUUUAGCUCCUGAAGUGGUUCGCAGUGGUAGAGCAUCAGCACAAACUGAUGUGUUCGGUUUUGGAGUCUUGAUUUUAGAAGUCAUGUGUGGGAGGAGGCCUAUAGAGGAAGGAAAACCUCCAUUAGUAGAAUUGGUAUGGCAAUCAAUGAUGCAAGAGCAAUUACUCAGUGUUUUAGAUCCAAGACUAAAGGCGAGAGGAGAGUGCGACGAGGAAGAAAUGGAGAGAGUACUUCAUUUAGGCUUGUUGUGCACAUAUCCUGAUGCGAGCGCUAGACCAACAAUGAGGCAAGUAGUGAAGAUUUUGGAAGGGAAAAAUGAGUCUAACGAGGCUGAAAGUGAGGACAUGGACGCAUAUUUGCUAGAACGUAUGAAGUCUAAGGAUUUGUGGUCAAAUUACUCUCAAAAAUUGGGCUUUUCAUCACACCCUACAUUUGAUGAAAUUAAGCAAUCUGGGUCUUCAUCCAUGUCUCUCUCUUGGACCAAUAGCAUAGUGGAGGAUGUUUGGAGUGAAACAAUACCGAGGAUGAAGAUGCAGAUGUUGGGACAAAUGAGAUCAAAGAGCACAUAAAUUCAGAUAAAGGAUGGCGAUGUAGCUUUUGAUGUUAACCAUGGACUGCAACUUCUUAUUUUUUUCUUUUCUCAUACAUGGGUGAUUCAUAUUUGUUUUGUUGGAUGAUGUAUAGUGGACAAGAUUUUUUUUUUUUUGGAAAAGGAAAAGCUUAUGGUUUGUUUGUAUACUAGCUAUGUGCGUAACAUACCACAUUGUGAUAUAUGAAGGAUGAAUUUUAGAUGCUGAUACAAUUCAAUUACUUUAUGAGAA